AUGAAUAUCCCAAAGAUAGUGCUGAAUCCUACACGAUCAGUGAUGAAAGAGUCUAGCCUUGAUCUGCUUCUGACAGGAUGUGGGGAUCGAAGGACUGUCAUGAUCGAAAUGGAUGGAGACCAAGUGCCAGUAGAUAGGGUAGAAGAGGCUAUCGAUCAGGGUUUGGAUGCGACAAAUAAGCUUUUGGAAGCUAUGAAUGAGUUACGAGCUCAGACUGGAAAAGAAAAAGCUUCGUUCACACAGUCGCAAUUUCCCGAAGAUUUGCUUGAUGAAGUGCGUGCUCUUUGUGAGGAGCGAUUAUACUAUAUCCUUACCGAUCCAACACAUGACAAGAUCUCACGUGAUGAAGCUAUAAAGGAAGUAGGUAAGGAUGUGGUAAGUUCUAUACCAGACGGUGACCCCACCUUGAUCCAGUCAAUAUAUCGCUUUCUUACAAAGAAAGCCUUGCGAGAUCUUAUAUUAGACAACAAUAUGCGAUGUGAUGGACGUGGGUUAACUGACUUCCGGCCGAUAACUAUAAGCGUUGAUGUUUUCAAACGUCUGCACGGUUCUUCUUUGUUUCAAAGAGGACAGACUCAAGUAAUGUCUACCGUCACAUUUGACAGUCCGGCUGCAGCUUUUCAUUCAGAUUCUAUAUCACAGUUACUAGGUAGUCAACGGAAAAAGAUGUUCAUGCUGCAUUAUGAAUUCCCCAGCUAUGCUACAAAUGAGAUCUCAUCUUCUCGAGGUGCUAAUCGGAGGGAACUGGGACACGGUGCUCUGGCAGAAAAGGCACUGAAACAUGUAGUUCCGAAGCAGUUCCCAUAUAGCAUCCGUCUGGCUUGUCAG